CUGUCCCUCUAUAGCCCUGCUGCCGUCUCACACUAUCAGCCCCCUCCCCAGUCCCUGGCUAUUGCUGUCUGUUCCUCUGCUUAGACCAGUCCUGUCUGACCCCCUCUCUAUUUUGUGUCUUGCAGCUGUUAUCUCUUGUUUCUGCAGCUGUCUCUUUACUGUCUCUCCACCCUGUCUCUGCUCACUCACUAUGUCUGUUCUCCCCCACAUUGCCACCCCAACUCUGACAUGAGCUCCAAGAAAGUUUCAGGUAACAAAACUAAGAAGAAGAGACAAAGGAAGUUUACAGAACGGGAGGGGUCUGGGAUCUUGGCCCCCCGGAGCCCUAGUGUAGACAGUCAGCCUGGUUUUCCAGACCCGGCUCUACAAGAUGUGCCUUUGUCCCCAGGACCACCUGCUACACCACCUACUCCAGUUCUGCCUCCCCCGGGGCCUCUGGGCUCAGACAACGAGGAGCAGGAGGACCCUAGUGAUUAUUGCCGAGGGGGUUAUUACCCAGUAAAGAUUGGGGACCUCUUCAACGGUAGAUACCAUGUGGUUCGCAAGCUGGGAUGGGGCCAUUUUUCUACGGUGUGGCUCUGCUGGGAUCUGCAGAGGAAGCGUUUUGUGGCUCUAAAGGUUGUGAAGAGUGCUGCACACUACACUGAAACCGCCGUGGAUGAAAUUAAACUCCUGAAAUGUGUGAGGGACAGUGACCCAGGUGACCCCAAACGGGAGAUGAUGGUGCAGCUUAUAGAUGACUUCAAGAUUUCUGGUGUAAAUGGUGUCCAUGUCUGCAUGGUGCUGGAAGUUUUGGGUCAUCAACUGCUCAAAUGGAUUAUAAAGUCCAAUUACGAGGGGCUCCCGCUGCCGUGCGUCAAAAGCAUCCUCCGCCAGGUGUUGCAGGGCCUGGAUUAUCUUCACAGCAAGUGUAAAAUUAUCCACACGGACAUCAAGCCAGAAAACAUCCUGAUGUGUGUGGGGGAGGGCUACAUCCGGCGCAUAGCUGCAGAGGCCACACUAUGGCAGCAAUCGGGGGAGCCGCCGCCCUCUGGGUCAGCAGUCAGCUCUGCACCCCCCUCUCACCACAAUCUGAACGGGAAAAUCUCUAAGAACAAAAAGAAAAAGCUGAAGCGCCAGCAGAAACGCCAGCAGAAGCUUCUGGAAGAGCGUCUGAAAGACAUUCACAACAUGGAGGAGUUGGGAGUGGGAGACCAUGGCGAGAAUAUCCUCACUACUGAACACAACCACCUUGAAAACCACAACCAGCCCUGGGGUGGCCAGGACAACCAGGAUGAAGGUAACUCUAGGAUACAGACUCAUCCGAUCCCACCAGCACCUGGAGACCGUGAGGGCGCAGACUCCUCGUUUGGAAGUGGGGAAACCACAUGCCUAGCUCAGAGCCCACUAUCUUCAGGUCUAUACGAGAACUGUAAUGGGUUUGGCGCCAACCCACGAUGUGUCAGUCCUGACACUCACACAUCAGGCUUCUCCAGCUCGGCUUUUUCUGUGACAUCAGGAUCUGCCGUAUCUGGAUACUCCACAGGCCAAGAGCGAGGAGGACUCCUAUCCCCAGGAUUAACUUUUAGAAUGGCAGAUUUCCUGGUUAACCCAUUGGAUCCACAAAAUGCAGACAAAAUCCAGGUCAAGAUAGCAGACCUUGGUAAUGCAUGCUGGGUGCACAAACACUUCACUGAAGAUAUCCAAACACGGCAGUACCGAGCACUGGAAGUUCUGAUAGGAGCUGGAUACGGAACUCCAGCUGAUAUCUGGAGCACAGCGUGUAUGGCCUUUGAGCUAGCGACUGGUGAUUACCUAUUUGAGCCUCACUCAGGGGAAGAUUACACUCGUGAUGAAGAUCACAUUGCACACGUCAUUGAGCUUUUAGGAGACAUCCCCCCUCACUUUGCACUGUCAGGACGUUACUCCAGAGAGUAUUUCACAAGACGAGGAGACCUCCGGCACAUACAGAAUCUAAAACAUUGGGGCCUCUUUGAAGUUCUAGUGGAGAAGUAUGAGUGGUCUCUAGAAGAAGCUACCCAGUUCUCAGAUUUCCUCCUUCCAAUGUUGGAAUUCCUUCCUGAGAAACGAGCUACAGCCGCACAGUGCCUGCAGCAUCCCUGGCUUAACUCUUAACCUCAACUGUGCCUCUCUGCUCUGGGGCAUCCCCUGGCACAGGUGGCACAAAACAGACACAUCAUUCUUCUAAUGCCAUGCUGCACAUGGCACCAUCUGUCAUAUCUGUAAUGAGACACAGAGUAAACGUUAUCUACACUUUUUUUUAA